GAGCCGGCAAAAAUUGGUGGUAGUCGUCAUAACGCGUUUUUCAUUGCACUCUACCACUCUCAUCCAUUUCAUUACUCUAGUACGUGUUAGGUAAAACACCUACGCCAAAGACAAACAAUAAAGUUUCCAAGUUCAACUAAGUUCUGGCCAACAAAGAAACUAUUACUCAUCCUCGUUGUUCGGCUAGAAGCUAUCAUAUUAAGCAGCAGAAGACACCUCCAAUGAAAGGAGAGUCAGUUGUUUGUGGCCCAUUGUAGAACACCCGCUUCAGUGAUAAGCUUCGAUAACAUUUUAAGUUUUCAUUGGUUUUGGUGUGACCAUACAUACACAGAGCAGCUAACUAACCAUUAUUGCAAUUCAAUCAGCGUUGUUGAGAAUUCAUUCCAUUUAGUUUCAUUCGAGUUGUUGACUUGUUCGGUACACUGGACACGGCUGAAAUCUAAAUUCCAUCCAUCCUUUCAACUUUAUUCCUUUCAACAUGGGACUAGACAAACUAAUACCAUGUACAGUCCAGGUGGCUAAGAUGAUUCAAAAGUCUGGCUGUGAUGUUCUCUGCAUCAUUGAUCGUCAAAUACCCAGCGAAUUGGUAGAACAAUUCAAUGAAUUCCGUUCAUUUGACAAGGCUUUCGACAGCGCUGUAUCCUGCUUUAAAUCGCCCAAAUUGAAUUUGCCUGUGGUGUAUUCACCUUUGCCAGAGUUGAGUGAUUACCAUGAUGUGCGUGCGUAUCAAGAGGCAGCUGCUAAAUCUCUUCAGAGAGCCAUCAAAGCUGGUUUCAAGUCGCCAUUGCUAUUGAUUCCUGAAAGCAAAAAAUUCAAAAAUGUAGAGCUAUGCACGGUACUUGGCGCUUUGGAGGAAUUGUAUGUGCCUAUUCAAUUGCGCGAAGAUGUCCCAGACAAACGGCAACGCAUUACCAAUUUGUCUGUUAUGAUCUCGCAUAAUCCCAAAGCAGAAGAUAUUGUUAAAGAAGCCAUAGUUUUGGAGUCGGGUAGAUAUGUAGCCCGUGAUAUUGGUGUUGGAGAUCCCGAGCGCAUGGCACCACCACGUGUGGAGGAAUACGUUACGAAACUUUUCGAUGGCAUGAAAGUAACAGUUAUCAGUGACUUGAAUACCAUCGCCAAGGAAUAUCCAUUAUUUGCUGCCGUCAAUCGUGCUGCCAACCAAGUGAAACGUCAUCAAGGACGCAUUAUUUUCGUAGAAUAUGUGCCACCUCAAAAGGCCAGAAAGACCUUGAUGUUGGUUGGUAAGGGUGUUACUUAUGACACUGGCGGUGCUGAUAUUAAAGCUGGAGGCAUUAUGUCUGGUAUGUCUCGUGACAAAUGUGGUGCUGCUGCGGUUGCUGGUUUCAUGCAGAUUGUCAAAGAACAAAAACCCUCAGAUGUUCAUGUUAUUGCCGCCUUGUGCAUGGUACGUAAUUCAGUCGGUGAAGAAUGCUAUGUAGCUGACGAAGUUAUCACUUCGAGGGCUGGCGUUCGUGUACGUGUCGGAAACACUGAUGCCGAGGGACGCAUGUGCAUGGCUGAUGCCUUGUGCCGCAUGAAGGAAAUUGCCGUAGCAGAUAAGUUGCCCGAUCCUCAUCUUUUCACCAUAGCCACUUUGACCGGCCAUGCUUAUGUUGCUGCUGGUGUAGGCUAUUCUAUCAUCAUGGACAAUAGUGUGGCUCGUAAGGCCGGACAUGCCAGCUUGUUGCAGGAAGUUGGUACUUCAUUUGGUGAACCAUUCGAAGUUUCUGUCAUUCGCCAAGAUGACUUUGAAUUCAAUGCCGGCAAAGUCAUUGGCGAAGACAUUCUACAGUGCAACAAUGUUCCCUCAUCUCGUACACCACGUGGCCAUCAAGUGCCAGCAGCCUUCCUAAUGCAAACAACUGGUCUGGAUAAGCAUGGCUUGGAAUCGGAAAUACCUUUGAAAUAUACCCAUUUGGAUAUUGCUGGCAGUGCUGGUGACUAUCCCAAAUUGCCAACCGCUGCCCCUAUUGUGGCUUUGGCAAAGGCUCAUCUAUCUUAAAAAAAGAAGUGUUGAAUUUUAUUAUUGUUUUUUUUUUUUUUAUUUCGUCAUUCAGUGCUAAUGGUGAAUAUCUAAACCAGUGGUUCACAAAAUGAAAAUAAGACUGUGUGCAUGAUUUACUCGAUAAUUUUUUAUAUUUCUCUCUUUAAAUGGAUAUUCUUUUAUCCUACAAAAAGAUAGAUGUUUUUUUUUUUGUUAAAGAAAACAUAAGCUUUGUUUUAUUUUAGUCCUGACCAGUGCAAGUCAGAUGUUCUGGAUAAAAUAUCAGUGCAAUGUUGUACUGGUAAGUUAUCAAUUACAUUAUCUGUUAUAAGAUUAUUAAUUGAGAUUUGCACUAUAAAGUACUAAAAUAAAAUACAGCAAAUAUUAAACAAAAUUAUAAAUCUUAGCUUCCUCAUCUAGCGCUUAAUCAGAAAAAAAACAACAUGCGCGUACACCUAUGCGCAUGUUCAUUCGUUGCUGUCUCAACAACGACUGAAACCAAGUGUAUAGGAAUACAUGUGAAUUGAACAUCAACGCUAGCGUAAUUGAAAUUUUAAUUUUGUGCACCACUGACCUAAACUUACCAAUGGCAAAGGCCCAUAGGAACAAACGAAACACAUUGUUUUAUUUUGUUAUUUCGUUUAUUUUUCAUAUAUAUGUAUAUAUACUAUUAAUAUGCAUUAAAGUUCUAAAAGAAUUCUAUAAAUACAAUUAUCACAUCACAAAUAUGCAAUUGGAA